AAUAAGGGCGAGAAUCUUUAAACUCCAAGAGCUUUUUAAACGUCCUAUUUACUGCCCCUACCUAACUUUGGACUUUCAUUUGAGUCGUAACAAGCCAUGGGUCUGCUUACAGUUGCUGCAUGUUCUGUGGUCGGCGCUGGUGGGGCUGCGCUGGCUGCGCCUGUGGUUCUGGGGGCCGUGGGCUUCACGUCUAUCGGUAUCGCUGCGGGUUCCUACGCAGCCGGUAUGAUGUCCUCAGUUGCCAUCGCUAACGGAGGAGGGGUUGCAGCUGGAAGCCUGGUGGCUAUUCUACAGUCAGCCGGGAUGGCUGGUCUAGGUACAGCUGCAACUGCCGGUGUGGCAGGUGCCGGGGGAGCUGUUGGAGGACUCCUCGCCCUUAUUAUUUAAGACAGACACCAUUCUACGGAAGCGCAUUGCUAUCAUGCAGG